UUGUCGCAUAUUUGGUGACGUUUAAAAAUCGACUUGCUGUGGUCUCUGAGGCCGAGGCCUAAGCGUUUUUGUUUCUUUAUAAUUUCAACAAAUGUCACUCUACCACAACCCGUUCUGAGCGGGCAUUUAGCCUUAUGUGGCAAUUUCUCUGGACAUAAACGGCGGUACGAAAACAAAGUUGUCAACAGUUAGCGAAGUUGAAGCAACUCUCCAAGUCGAAGACGAGGCGAGAAAAAGAUGACAUCUCGUAGGUGGUUCCACCCAAACAUCACUGGAGUGGAGGCCGAGAACCUACUGCUUACGCGGGGGGUGGAUGGCAGCUUCCUGGCCAGGCCCAGCAAGAGCAACCCUGGUGACUUCACGCUAUCUGUGAGGCGAAAUGGGGCAGUCACUCACAUCAAGAUCCAGAACACAGGCGACUACUACGACCUGUACGGAGGGGAGAAGUUUGCCACGCUGGCUGAGCUUGUGCAGUAUUACAUGGAGCAUCAUGGGCAGCUGAAGGAAAAGAAUGGGGACGUCAUCGAGCUCAAGUAUCCCCUCAACUGCGCAGACCCCACGUCUGAACGGUGGUUCCAUGGGCACCUGUCAGGCCGUGAGGCGGAGAAGCUCCUGACUGAGAAGGGCAAGAACGGAAGCUUCCUGGUGCGCGAGAGCCAGAGCCAUCCUGGCGACUUCGUCCUGUCUGUACGCACCGGCGACGACAAGACGGACACUAGCGACGGCAAGCCAAAAGUCACCCAUGUUAUGAUCCGCUGCCAGCAUGACUUGAAGUACGACGUUGGAGGUGGUGAGAAGUUUGACACCCUGACAGACCUGGUGGAGCACUACAAGAAGAACCCCAUGGUGGAAACCCUGGGUACGGUUCUGCAGCUCAAACAGCCCCUGAACACGACACGCAUCAAUGCAGCAGAGAUCGAGAGCCGGGUCAGGGAGCUGAGCAAACUCGCCGAGACCACCGACAAGGUGAAGCAGGGCUUCUGGGAGGAGUUUGAGACUCUGCAACAACAGGAGUGCAAGUUGCUGUACAGCCGAAAAGAAGGGCAACGGGCGGAGAACAAAAACAAGAACAGAUACAAGAACAUCCUGCCUUUUGAUCACACGCGGGUCGUCCUGAGAGACGGGGACCCCAGUGAAGCUGGCAUGGAUUACAUCAAUGCCAACAUCAUCAUGCCGGAGUUGGAUGCUAAAUGCAACAACGCUAAGAUGAAGAAGAGCUACAUCGCCACACAGGGCUGCCUGCAGAACACCAUCGCCGACUUUUGGAGGAUGGUCUUCCAGGAGAACUCCCGCGUCAUCGUCAUGACGACCAAGGAAGUGGAGCGGGGAAAGAGUAAGUGUGUGAAGUACUGGCCUGACAUGAAUGCCCUAAAGGAGUACGGAGCCAUGCGUGUGCGCAACGUCAAGGAGACAACAGCACAUGACUACACCCUCAGAGAGUUGAAGCUGUCCAAGGUGGGACAGGGCAACACCGAGCGCGCCGUGUGGCAGUAUCACUUCCGGGCCUGGCCAGACCACGGCGUACCGGCGGACCCAGGCGGCGUGCUGGACUUCCUGGAGGAGGUGAACCUGAAAGAAGAGAGCAACCUGGAGCCAGGGCCUAUUGUGGUGCAUUGCAGUGCUGGGAUUGGAAGGACUGGAACGUUCAUUGUGAUCGACAUCCUGAUUGACAUCAUCAGAGAGAAAGGGGUGGACUGUGAUAUCGAUGUGCCUAAGACCAUCCAAAUGGUCCGUUCCCAGCGCUCAGGAAUGGUCCAGACAGAGGCUCAGUAUCGCUUCAUCUACAUGGCCGUCCAGCACUAUAUUGAGACGCUCCAGCGCCGCAUCGAGGAGGAGCAGAAGAGUAAGAUUAAAGGCCGUGAAUACACCAACAUCAAGUACUCUCUGUCUGACCUGUCGGGGGGCGACCAGAGCCCACUGCCACCCUGCACCCCGAUGCCAACCUGCCCAGACAUGCGGGAUGACAGCUCCAGGGUGUAUGAGAACGUGGGUCUGAUGCAGCAGCAGAAGAGCUUCAGAUGAAAGCCGACUGCUGUUCCCCUGAACAGACACAAAGCGUUUUUGCCACACCUGACCGCCUGACGAGAUCAUGACCACACAGAACAUGAACAUGACGAGUAAAAACGGAAGCCACACCUGGUCUGAGAUCAGUGCCUGGAGCUGGACCCAGCCUCUCCACACACUCUGAAACCACUGUGAACAUCACCGAGCCUUAUACACACACAUACACACACACACACACGCACACACACACACACACACACACACACACACAGAGACAUACAUUAUGGCCCUCUAAAGUUACCAAUUGGCUUUGGAGAAAUUUGAUCCAGGCUGCAUCUUGCAAGUGUGGAAAAGCUUUUGCGCUCUCUCUCUCUUUUUCUAUCUCAUUCUCUCUCUCUCUCUCUCUCUCUCUCUCUCUCUCUCUCUCUCUCUCUCUCUCUCUCUAAUUUCCUGUUUAUUUUUUAACCAAAGGAAGAUGCGUUAGAAUAGUUUUCUGUGGAACAAUGAGGGAGAGCUCAGUGGAGGAGGCCUGUGCCAAAAAAAAUAAACGUUAGCGGAGUUAGCUGACGUUCCGCGCCUCUGCCAUCCCUUCGCCUCAGCCUGUCUUAAUGGGAGCAGGCAGAGGACGCCCCCUGGUGGGCAAAGGGAGUUCUGUAGAAUACCUUGUUUUGUUUUCUCUCUUUAUUCUUAUUGUUUUUUUUUUUUCUUUUUAAUGAACAUAAGUGUUUAGUAUUCUGUUACUUAAUCUAGUGUUGGUAAAGGUCAUGGUGUGGAGGUUAUGGCAGCCUUUCCUCCUAUCAAGACCAUCCGAGGCCUCUAGUCUGUGCUUUAGCCAGCAGGUGGAGCCAGAGAGCGGGGGGGGGGGGGGGUAUUUGUGUAGGCCGAGCGUUCGCUUGGUGGUUGGUGACCCAGCAGCGAGGAUGCCCUUGGGCCGUCAGUCCUGUACAUUCCCUCGUUUCAGCCCAAUGUCUUUCCCAACCCAAGGGGUCAAAAGACAACUUGCUUUAGAAGCCAGAGAGUGGGUUUGUUUUGGGCCCUAGAGGGGUUUGGGUGUUUGACUUUUAGAGGCAGUCUUAUGGCUGUCCCCUGAGAAUGCACUACUUGAAUCAGGAUGAGGCUGUAACAAGACCCUCUCAGCUAUGAGCCCCAUACUCACACUUUGGGUCUUUGACUCCACCCUCUCACGCCCGUCUCCCAACCCCCACCUUACAGCUGGCUGCCUUACCCUUUUACUCUUUUUAAAAACUCUACUCAGUUUUUGUACUUUUUGUUUGUUAUUUUUUUUUCCAUUUAAAUCACCACAUGAACUUAAAGCCCAGAAUCACUGUUAGAAAGUGAACGCACAUUUGAGCUCUGGCAGCAUUUCCACGUUCGGUUGUUUUGGUCGGUGGCCUUGGCCACAAUGAGCACUCUAUGAUGGAUGACUUCAUUUUGAUUUGUAAUGAUCAGAUGUGCCCUGUAUUCUCACGUGCCCUGUUUCUUGUCUUUAACACUUGAUUUAUCGGUCUGCAGUGCGUGUGUGUGUGUGUGCAUGUGUGUGUGUGUGUGUGCGUGUGCUUGCGUGCGUGCGUGUGUGGCACUUGAGAUUCUGCCCUGUAUCUGUGUGUGUCUGUGUGUUUGUUUCUCAGCAGAUUACAACUCAGCACUCUAUCAGUUUUCUGUUUAAAAACGCUGGAGUGUGUUAUUUCAACUGCAGUAUUGCAAAAGUGUUUAUUCCACGUCAGUCAUUUAAAAGUGUGGAUGUUGUCCUUAUUUGCUCUGUUAAAUAUGUAAUAUGAGUGAUUCCACAGCAUUUCACUUGUGUGCCCAUCAGCCCCCCCCCCCCCCCCCACGUGUGUAACUCCCCCACCAACACAUACACUGAUGGUGGUUCUGGGGCACCUGGAGGACUCUGUUAUGAGUUGGAGAACUCUGAUGCCUUUGUAGAGGUUCUCCAAAGAAACAAGUUCUAUGCUUUCUGCAGUCUUUUAAAGCGAUCCUAAAAGAAGAGUCCAUGGGGGGAGGGGGGCAGAUUAUAAUAGAUGCCUCAGGUCUUUGGGCUUUAAAACCCGGUGUUGCUGUGGGCUGGUUCAGUUCGUACAAAGGUCAUGACUAGUGUGUGUGUGUGUGUGUGUGUGUGUGUGUGUGUGUGUGUGUGUGUGUGUGUAUGUGUGUGUGUGCCCGCCCCUUCGUCAUAGUUGCAGGCCAGUUGUGCCCCCCAUCCAAAACGCAGGCGGACACACACGGGUGCACACACACACUAAACUUAAUUUGACACUUCACGUGCUGUUGAAGCUCUCCUACAAACUUUCAAACUUACCAGGGCAUACACACUGUACCCUGGGGCCAAAACUAACACCUGACCGACCAGCCUGUCUCACUGAUUCUUGUUUUAUGAUUGCUGCACAAUUAUGAGAUUGUGACUUAGAGUUUUUGUCAUUUAAUUGGUAGUGUGUACAAACAAGCCUAGUGUGUAUGUUACUCUUCCCUGGGUAAGGGAACUGCCCCGGGCAAUGGUGGGGUGGUGUGGGGUAGCUCUGUGUCCAGUGGAUCUGCUUGUGUGUCUGUUCAUUGUACUGUAGUGAGUGUGUGACAGAGAGAGCGAAAGGGUGUGUAUUCGUCAGAAGUGUUCAUGGUUUGUGCUGUUGUGUGUGUGUGUGUGUGUGUGUGUGUGUAUAUGUAUAUGUGUAUAAGGGAAUACAGCUGUUGAAUAGACAUCAGCUCCCUUCUCUUACAUACCGAAACAUUUACACACACUCAUAUUGCUAAUAAUACUACACUUUUUCUCUCUCUCUUUCUUUCUCUCUCACACACUCUCUAUCUCUCCCUCUCUCUCUCUCUCUCUCAACAUCUCUGUCUCUCUACUGGGAAAUUAAUGGUCUUCAAAAACACCAUCUAAUACAUAAAACUAUAAACACAGAAUGCCUAAUGUGAAAUGCAUCAUCCUUAAAAAAAUGGUUACAGAAAAAAAUGUUGAACUCAAUGCAGACAAACUCUAUUUUUUAACUUGUAUAUUGUACAUGAACAUCUUGUAGAGGAGAAUGUACUAAACAUAUCUAAUUGCCAAUAAGAUAUACUGUAUGUUUAACCCAGUCACUUCUCUAGUGAGCCUUAGAAAAAGCGGUUUACUGUAUUGCGUGAUUAUCAGUGCAAGUAACCAUGAUAACUUCUUUGACAAUAAAUGACAAGCUCACAACUGUA